AUGUAUGCAGAUGUUGUUACCGGCAUCUUAACCUCCGAGCCCAGUUUUGAGCCAUCAGUCAAAGCCACGGCAAUUCGUGGAGGUGACUGGAUUUCUACAGACCCGCCGAAUCCGAAUUCAAAUGCUACUGUGCUGAGACUCCAUGUCGACGUGCUUGUCAAAGUUGAUGGAAAUGCAGAAGAAGAUGCGUAUAUCCGGAUGCGAUGUACAGGCGCAGAGAUUGCAACACCAGAAGUCGCUGCUAUUGUAAGCGGCAACCGAGAUGCCUCGCCCGUCAAGUUUGGUGACUUCCAGGCAACGUCAUCUUGGACGUUUGAAACAGCGAGUAAGAAUUACUGGGAGUUACAGAAUGCAGUCUUCGUGGGCAGCACUAGUCUACGUGUUGGAGAAGAUGAAGGUACAUUCGUUGUAGGCUUCAAGAUUGCCAAAGUGUUGAGUGCCGAGACUGAUGUCAGCACACUGGUUGCAAGUGAGCGUUCUGUGUCGUUUCCCGAGUCCCCUCUCGUGAACAUCUCGUCACUCAAUACCGCCGACCAAGACACCUAUCCAGCCGACAUCACGAUCACCAGCGAUACAGAUUCCGAGCGACUCGUUCACACCUCUGCGACCAAAGACGCUGACUGGGACAAGUCCGUGUGUCGAGGCCGCAAACUCGUCGUCGCAAUGACCCGAGAUGCCAGCCAAGGUACACGCUAUAUCAACCCCCUAUUUACACAGUGGGACGGCGAUCUUGAAAAAGAGAUGGUGGACCGGGGAUGGGAUAAUUGGCAAGAACACAGAGGCUGGUGCGACUUCAAGGAUAAUGGAUUGUCGCCGGCAUUAAAAGCUCUGGGCAUCGGUUACCAGCAUGUCGACGACAAAGUCGAUAACCAAUGUUGGGUUGCGAAUCAUUCCGAUGGUCCAGGUGUGCUCUUCAAUCCGGACGACCCUGAUGAUAUAGAUGAUUCGGACGAUGAGAUGCCGGCCAUGGAUGAUCAGUAUUAUAUGGAUCCAAACGGGCAAAGAAAGAGGUCGUUCAGCAAGUCCAUUAAUUGA